AUGGAAGAUAAGGUUCUUGAUAGUUCGCUCAUAAAGGACUUGUCCAACCACAUUUACGAGAAGCGUAAGGCAACAGCUUUUCAGAUAGAAAGUUUUACCAAGGCGGCAUUGAGUAAAGAAGAUACGCAAACAAUAUUCAAAAUUAUCCGAGAAUUAACUGAAUUGACCAAUAAUGGAACAAAUUCAGCAAAAAUGGGAGCCAUUACUGCUCUAGGAAGCGUUUCCGUUGCACUUGGUUCGAUCUUUAUCGCGUUUUUCUUAGACGAGAUUGUUAAGCCAAUUUUUGCUACGUUUAGAGAUACCGAUGCAAGAGUUAGAUAUUACGCAUGUGAAUCCCUUUAUAAUAUAGCCAAAAUUGCUAGGGGAGAAAUUUUGUUGUAUUUUAAUGAAGUUUUCGAUAUUUUGUGUAUUUUGGUGACUGACACUGAGUCGUCUGUGAAGAAUGCUGCUGAUAUUUUGGAUAGAUUGAUUAAGGAUAUCGUAAGUGCCAAGUCUACCAAUUAUGUGUCGAUUUUGCAACAGCCCAAGGCAGAAAAUGAAACUCUUAAUAUCCCUUCUCAUAUUAUUGAUCCAAAAAGUGGAGAUGCUUUCCAAGUUAACCAAGUUCAAGACACUAAAAUGGCGUUCUCCUUGCCUAAAUUUAUCCCAACGUUGUUAGAAAGAAUGUACACAAUUGAUCCAUUUGCCAAAAAAUUCUUGAUCAGUUGGUUGGAAUUGUUCGAUGAUAUCCCUGCUCUUGAGCUAAUCACAUUUUUGCCCAAUAUCUUGGAGCCAUUGUUGAAAUUCUUAUCCAACAACGCCCCCAGUGACGUUAGAAUUGAAACUCAAAACGUCUUGAACACAUUUUUGAAAGAGAUUAAAGGAAUCCAAAAAGUAAAGAUUGAAGUCAAGAGGAAGGCAUUACUAAAGGAAAAGGAGAAUGAAGAGAGAAAAAGAAUAGAAGAAGGUAAGAAGCUGGUACCGCCAUCAAUCUCAUCGACUUCGGUAGAGGGAGAAGCUAAGAAUGAUAAAGAAAAAGUUCUUGAAGAAUCUACAAUUGAGGAUGGAAAUAUAGAUGGAGUUCUUUCUGACCUUGAUAAUAUUUCUAUCAAGUCGAACAGCACAGCUAUAGUGAAGAAAGAUUACCAACAACAGCACCAAGAAAUACAAAAUACAGAGGAAGAUUAUGACGUUGAUGGGGACAUAUUUGUCAAUGGACAAGACAUAUUUAUAGAUUAUCCUAAGAUCAUCGAUAUUCUUUUGUCGUUCAUAAGAUUUCCAACUGGUAAGCCAGGUGAAAAGAUAAAUGACACCAGCAACGAAAAUCAUGAAACUUACUUGGAGAUCCUAUUCACUGUGUUGAAGUGGUUACAAGAAAUAUUGGACAUAAACCCUACUAGCUUCAUUAAACUCUUCCCUGAUUGUGUCGCCAUUACUCUUAAGAAUAUUGAGAUCUCGGACAAGAACUCCGAUUUCGAUUUAAGAAAUCAUUUUUUGAAAUUUAAUUUGGAUUUACAAGGAUUCUUAUUUGACUUAAAUGAAGCUAAUAAAGCCAGAGAAAAAAUUGUAGAAAGAGAGAAAAAUUCUAAUGUUAAGGAGGGUGACAAAGGUGCAGAGGAAAAGAAGGAGGACAAGCUUGACACUUCUGUACCUGUAUCUGUGUCUUCAUCAUCAACAGAAAGUAAACCUAAAGCAGCUGAAGUGAAACUUAGUCUAGAUGACUCAUUCUUGACAUCAGAUGCCUCGCUUAAGGGCAUUAAUUCCGAAAUGUAUGACGAGUUUACUGAAUUUCAGCUUAAUAAGACCCUUCAAACGAUUAUGAACGAAUGUUUUACUUCUUCAAAUGAGCUUUCAAGAAUUACAAGUUUAGAUUGGUUGAUCUUCUUGUACUCAACCAAUCCUUCAAGUUUUUUCGAGGAGAUAGAUGGUGAAGGUAAGACGAAGAUCGACCUUACGGCAUUACUUCGAUCAUCAACAGAUUCAUCUAAUGAAGUAAUAUUGAAGGUCUUGCAAUUAUUGAGUAAGAUUUCGGAAACAAAUCAGGACUUCUUCAAGAGUUUCAUGGUUGAAUUGAUUACAUUCUUUGAAAAAGAAAUUUCUGAAAAUGAAUCUAUAUCCUUUGUUCAUCCUCAAUAUCACCCCCAACAGGUACAUAGCCAAUCUUCAUUGACAAGAGAUAAAAUUGAAUUUAUAAUUCGAAAACUUUGUGUUACCUUAGAUUCUGAAAAGAUUUUCAAGACGUUAGCAGAAGUUCUCAUCAAGAUGAAUAAUUUCAACUUGGACUUUUUGUAUAUGAUCACCGUAACGUUGAACAAUAUUCUAUUAACCACACAAGAAUUGACCAGAUUUAGGAAAAAGUUGAAGAAUUUAGAUUUUUAUAAAAUUGAGGAUUGGACAUUAUUUGCAACAUUAUUCGAGAGUUGGUGUCACAAUGCUCCUAGUGCACUUUCAUUAUGUUUACUCACGUCCAAUUAUGAGUUGGCAUUUUUGAUUAUCAAAAAUUUGAGUGAACUGGAAAUCAACUUCCAAUUGUUGACCCAGUUGGAUAUUUUGGUUCAAUUAUUGGAGUCUCCUAUCUUUGUUAAACUUAGAUUGCAAUUAUUGGAGCCAGAGAAAAAUCCCUACUUGUAUAAGACAUUGUAUGGUUUGUUGAUGAUAUUGCCUCAAUCUUCAACUUUCACUUCAUUGAAAAAUAGAUUAUCCAGUGUGUCCCAUGUGAAUAAUUUACAGUCAGCAAAUAGUUCUAUUGGACAAUCAAACUUGGUUCUUGGAUCAGCUCCAGCAACUCCUGGCUCAACAACUUCAACUGCAGUAUCGAUUAAGAGAAAAAGAAUAUAUGAAAUGCUUGAUAAAUUCACGAAGAUUCAAGAAAGUCAUGAAUUGUACCAUCAAAAUGCACAACAUUUAUCUAGAGGGAUCGGAAAUGCCGCAUAUAGUAGUACUUCCGACCGUGACAAGGAUAAUAAUGGGAGUAAGGAUACAGGAAAACAUCGUGAGUCCAAGAAGGACAGAUUAGUUUCUUAUGAUAAUAGUGGAAAAAAGGAAUAUUUUGGAAAUGCAGCAGAGGGAAAGAGAAAACCUAGUGGAAGAUUUGCAUUGUCAAGAUUUAACUAG